UCCCCUGCGGUCCUGCGUGUCCCCUCCGCCGUGUCCCGUCUCCUCCCCUCCGUCCGUCCCGCGUGUCCCCAGCGGGGCGCCGCGGCGGGCGAUCCCGGCCGGAGCCGGCGAGAUCGCGGCCCGGCCCCGGCUGGCAGCGGUUCGGGGGGAGAGAGGAACGGGGGGAGGCCGAGCCCCGCCGUCGGGAUGGAUCGGACCGGUACCGUGCGGCUGCGGGGCCUCCACGCGUGAUACGGGAACGUCUGGGAGCCGUGCAGCGGGACGCCGGCACCGGGCGCUGGCCAUGGAGCCGGGCACCAUCGACAACCUGUCCAUCCUGUACCAGAGCUCCGACUUCAUCGUGGUCAACAAGCACUGGGACAUCCGCAUCGACAGCAAGAUGUGGUACGAGACGCUGACCCUGCAGAGCCAGCUCAAGUACCGCUUCCCCGAGCUGGCCGACCCCGACACCUACUACGGCUUCAGGUUCUGCCACCAGCUUGACUUCUCCACCAGCGGGGCCCUGUGCGUCGCGCUCAACAAAGCGGCGGCGGGAAGCGCCUACAAGUGUUUUAAAGACCGGCUGGUGACCAAAGCCUAUCUCGCCCUGGUCAGGGGCCACGUCAGCCAGAGCCGAAUGACGAUCCGCUACGCCAUAGGGAAGAACACCACCGAGGGCAUGACCCACAUGAUGUGCAUCGACGGGACGGAGGGCUGUGAAAAUCCCAAGCCUUGCCAGUCGGAGCUGAUCGUGCUGGAGCACGGGUCCUACAGCGGAGACCCCGUAACCAAAGUGCUGCUGCAGCCGCUGACAGGGCGGACUCAUCAGCUCCGGGUUCACUGCAGCGCCAUCGGCCACCCCAUCGUUGGGGACUUCACCUACAGCCACAAGAAGGACAGCAGCCCCUAUAGGAUGAUGCUCCACGCAUACUACCUGCGCAUCCCCACCGGCAAGGAGCUUAUCGAGGUCUGCGCGCCCGACCCCUUCGUCACCGCAAUGGACAGCAACUGGGUGCCCCACCACGUCACUCACCGGCUGGAUGAGAUCAUCCAAGAGCUGAAGGACAAGGUGAUGCGGAAGGGGGAAGAAGAGGAGAGCCAGGAAGGCGUGCUUGGUGGCGGAGGAGAUGAGGCACCGAGCGAAGCCAAGAGCCUGGAGACAGAGGAGCAGCGAGCCCGGUGCGAGCAGUGGUUGGCCGAGUGGGCUUUGGAGUGAGCACAAACCACGUCUCUGCAUUUCCAGCCCAAUGCUCCAUUUUCGUCCCAGCGGGUCCCCGCGGAGCCCAGCGCUGACUCCACAUCUGCGCUUUCUGUAUGCCAUGGCUUCCCUCACUUCUGGGGCUGGGAUUAGGCAGAUUUUAGCAGCGAUUAGGAUGGGUUUGGUUUUUAACAUACACAUCAUCCAUCUGGCCACUGGAUGCCCCUUUCCUAAUUCUGGGCCUCAGCAGCAGAGUCAGUGUGUCACGUACCAGCUUAGAGUGACCCCAAAGCUUUACAUCCCUGUCCCGGGGCUCAGGCACAGCUGGGGCAGCACGGACGAUGCCUUUGCCAUGAGCGUGAUGGACGUAUCCGCAAACCCUCAGUGCUCGGAUGCUAAAAUGCAGCCCAGCAAAGGGAGGGGAGAACAUGCCGGGUACAGCUUCAGUGUCCGUGUCCCCAGUUCCCUUCGCUCCAGCCUGCUGCGCUCACUGGCACACGCGUUGUGUGGGAGGUGGGAGAUCAGGAGGCUGAAAUGCAGCCUGGGGGCACCGACAGCCCCCCUAGUCCAGGGGCAGCCCCAAGGUGUUUUGCCCGCGGAGCUGGGCUGUGCGAUGGGCGCAGGAGAGGUCCCUGCCUGCCGCCGAGGACGUGCUGCCUGCCCGUCCCUGCCCACAUGCUUUCAUUCCUGCCCCAGCCCACGGGUUUUUUUUUUUUUUUUUUUAAAGGUUGUUGAAGGUGAGUGAGUUGAUAGGAAUGGAUUUUAAACUUUUUUCAAAUUUCUAUGAGAAGAAUCUAGUCUUUUAGCAGUUCUGAAAUACGGGUGGUCUCGGAAAUGAGUGUAUUUUUAGUACUUUUGUGGUCAGAGAGCCAGCAGCCCAAAGCUUUUUUAAUAGAUCUUAUUAUACCUUCUACUAGCAUUGCCUUUUCCUAGUGCCCACUUUUAUCCUGGGUGUGGAUGUAACCCCUGCUGAGACAGCUCAGAAAACACAAGCCCCUUUCUGCUUUACCCAAACGAGGGGGAAUAAGUAUCAUGUUUUGGUCCCAUCGCGUGGCUGCUCGCUGGCUGGUUGCUGUGGGGCUGUCGGCACCGGAGGGUGCUGGGGGCAGGUCCUUCGGGUGGGCAGUUUGGGAGGGCUCUGGAGCAGCGAGAGCGGCCGAGGAAAUGGUUGAAGCCGAAAGAAAGGCUGAGGACUGAUGCGAAGAGUGGGAAGGAGCUCGGCUCUCACGCUGGCGCUGAGCUUUGCAAGAUACCAAGAAGAGUUUCUCUGGAAAUGCUCUUGCUUUGCUGGUCGGUGGCGUGCUGCUUCUCUCUCUCUUUCCCACCCUGCUUGUCCUCUGCAGCCCUUAGAGGACAUUUAGGAAACGAAGAGAGCAGGGCAGCGGGCGUGGGCUGGGGAGGGACAGAGGUGGCUGGAGCCCAUUGCAUACAGAGCACCGGUCCCCGGGGUAUUCGGCACCAUCAGCACGUGCCCCAAGUUACUGUCAUCCCACAAGCCCCAUCCCAUUUAAAAUGCACCUGACAGUGGUUUCACGCAACUAAUAUUCCAUCCCUGAGGGGGAAUAAAACGACACGGCCCUCUCCUCACGGCUGAAAGCACCGUGCAGGUCACCGAAACCCCGCGGGGUAUCGCAUCGCCCGGUCCUUGCGUCCCCGGGUGCCGGCGGGUGCCAGCUCACCGUGCCGCGGCACGCCGCCGGGCAGGGGGUGGCUGUCACCUUGAUUUUGUGGCUUGGCACAAAGUGCUGCCGUCCGCUGCAGGACGGGGACUGGUGCACAGCUGGCGGCUCUGCCCGCACCAGCCCUGGGCACCGAGCGGGGACCGCGGGCUCAUGAGCCGAUGGCAGAGGGCUCGGGGGGGAGGUUUGGGGGAGCAGAAGAGCUGUCUCCUUCUUCCCAGGUCCCGUCCCUGCCCAUCCCAUCUCCCAGGAGCGGCCGGGGAGGGGAGAGGCACCCACAGGCGGUUCCCGAAGCUGUAAAUUAACGCCACCAACCUGUUUGCCAAAGAAUGAAUGUGGGUGACGUGCGCGGGAGGUCCUGAAAAGUUACGGGUGAGAUUUAUAGCAUCAGGGGUGGGACGCAGCCUUCCCUUCUGGCAGGUCUCGGUGUGGGAACGGUCCCCGCUGCGUGACGGGGGACACGGCCGGGACGAGGCUGCGGUCGCUGGGGGUGGUACGUGGGGACGCGCCAGUGCCCACGCACGAGGGGACGCUGAUGGACCGUCAGCGCUGGGGGGCUGGCACCCAGCGCUCGCCCCGCCGUCUGCCUCGAGGAGCCCCCUGCACCCUGCACCACCCAUCAGCCUUCGUGCAUUGCACUUUUACCCGGCACUGCAGGAACCAGAGAUAAAUACCUGUUUUUCCUUACCCUGCGGAGAGGUGUUUUCCAGGCGCCCUUCCCCGGCUCCCCUCGCGCACCACGUCCAGUCCCUCUCUGCCGUCACUGCCACGGGGCCAUUUGCUGCAUCAUCUGUGAAUCCACUCGUGCGUUCGGACCGGGGCGGGUUGUGAUCGGGUAUGUGUCUCGUGACGUUCUGUACGGCUUGCGAUAACCCUUAUUUCUUGUUGCACAUUACCGUAGUAAACCAUUACCUACAUA